AUGAAUGUCCUCAACUCGAUCGUUGAUUUUCCCUCGACUCUUAAAGCAGCAGCCCCGAGGUUCAACGUUGCCUCCAAAACCGCACGAACCUUAUGGAAUGGCAGUCUCCUUGGAGGCAGCCUGGUUACAGCUUUUUUGGUGAAUCAAUGGCUGUCCCGCAGAGCGCUGAACGGGGGCAAUGCCCCAUCGAACUAUGAUUGGGACAAGGAGGUUAUACUGGUGACGGGCGGCGCAGGCGGAAUUGGUAAGAAGAUGCAUUAUUAUAAGUGUGACAUCACUAGCUAUAGCAAUCUGCAAGCUGUCGCCGCACGUAUUCGAGAGGAGGUUGACGAACUGACCGUUGCCAUCGCCAACGCCGGCAUUUGCAGGGGCAAGCCAGUCCUUGAAGCUUCCAAGGAGGCCAUUGAAUUAACUUUCGGCGUCAACAACCUGGCCGUCCUUUGGACGGCAAAAGCCUUCAUGCCAAGCAUGAUUAAAAAUAACCACAGUCAUUUCCUCAUAGUUGCCUCGCAAGCAGGAUAUACCUGGACGCCCGGUCUAACGGACUAUUCCGCUACCAAGUCAGCCGCCGUAGCUAUCUACGAGGGUCUUUAUGGCAAGGUUCGAUACAUCCACAAAUCACGCUCUGUCCGCGUUUCCUGCGUCUCUCCCGGCGCUGUUGACACCAAGAUGUUCGCAAGCAUCAAGCUAGGCCUCGGUAUGUCUGCCCUGAUACCAGAGUAUGUUGGAACUCAGAUUCCGGACAUUAUACUCGCAGGGAGAGCGAGGAACGUUUUCGUUCCCGCCUCGGCAGGCUUCGCAGUGAUUCUGCUUGCAAUGCCCGAUUGGAUUCGCGCUGCGAUGCAGGUCUUUAGUAUCGGUGUGUUUGCAAACCUUACACCACAUAAUCCAAUGAAGGGUCAGUGA